AUGUUUAACUACGAACGGCCAAAACACUUCAUCCAAUCCCCAAAUCCAUGUGGCUCCAGACUGCAUCCCCCCGGACCAGAAACCUCCAGCUACUCUAGCCAGACCAAACAGUCUUCCAUUAUCAUCCAGCCCCGCCAGUGCACAGAGCAAAGAUUUUCUGCUUCCUCAGCAGUGAGCUCUCACAUCACCAUGUCCUCCUCCUCUUCUGCUUUCCCUGCUUCUCCCCAGCAGUUUGCUGGCUCCAACCCAGGCCAAAAGGUUACAGCCACCUAUAACCAGUCCCCAGCCAGCUUCCUCAGCUCCAUAUUACCAUCACAGCCUGAUUACAGUAGCAGUAAAAUCCCUUCCACUGUGGACUCCAAGUAUCAACAACCCUCAGUUGGCCAACCUGUAUAUGCUAAGCCAUCCCAAAGUACAAAUGCUAAGCCCACACCAAGGACUCCUGACCAUGAAAUACAAGGAUCAAAAGAAGCUCUGAUUCAAGACUUGGAAAGAAAGUUAAAAUGCAAGGACAGCCUUCUUCAUAAUGGAAAUCAACGGCUAACAUAUGAGGAGAAGAUGGCUCGCAGAUUACUAGGACCACAGAAUGCAGCUGCUGUGUUUCAAGCUCAAAAUGACAGUGAGACACAAGAUUCACCACAGCAGCACAAUUCAGAACAUGCACGGUUGCAAAUCCCUACUUCACAAGUAAGAAGUAGAUCAUCUUCAAGGGGAGAUGCGAAUGAUGCGGAUGCAAUCCAGGAGAAAUUUUACCCACCUCGUUUCAUUCAAGUGCCAGAGAACAUGUCAAUUGAAGAAGGAAGAUUCUGCAGAAUGGACUUCAAAGUGAGUGGACUGCCAGCUCCUGAUGUGUCAUGGUAUCUAAAUGGAAGACCAGUUCAAUCAGAUGAUUGUCACAAAAUGAUAGUGUCUGAGAAGGGUUUCCAUUCACUCAUCUUUGAAGUGGUCAGAGUUUCAGACGCAGGGGCUUAUGUAUGUGUGGCCAAGAAUAGAGCAGGAGAAGCCACCUUUACAGUGCAGCUGGACGUCCUGGCAAAAGAACAUAGAAGAGCACCAAUGUUUAUCUAUAAACCACAAAGCAAAAAAGUUUUUGAGGGAGACUCAGUGAAGCUAGAAUGCCAAAUCUCAGCUGUACCUCCACCAAAACUUUUCUGGAAAAGAAAUAAUGAAAUGGUACAAUUCAACACUGAUCGAAUAAGCUUAUAUCAUGAUAACUCUGGAAGAGUUACUUUGCUGAUAAAAGAUGUAAACAAGAAAGAUGCUGGGUGGUAUACUGUGUCUGCAGUUAAUGAAGCUGGAGUGAUUACAUGUAACACAAGAUUAGAUGUUACAGCCCGUCCAAACCAAACUCUUCCAGCUCCUAAGCAGUUACGUGUUCGGCCAACUUUCAGCAAAUAUUUAGCACUUAACGGAAAAGGUCUGGAUGUGAAACAAGCUUUUAACCCUGAAGGAGAGUUUCAGCGUCUGGCAGCUCAAUCUGGACUCUAUGAAAGUGAAGAACUUUAAUUACUUUACCAACAUUGGAAAACACAAUUAGUAUAUAGUCAAUUAAAUUUUUGAAAUAAAUC